AUGAACAACGUUUAUGGAAAUCAGCAGGAGACAGUGCCAGCCGAGCAAUAUCGUUACGCGCUUGCCAACUUCCGUAUCGCCCACGAAAAGGUCGAAGAACAACGCGGACAGCUUGAGACACAAGAACGCCAAGUCGCUGCUUUGCGAGCGCGCGUUGCCCAGCUUGAGGGCUCUGCGACUGGUCCUCCGGCGCCUACGCGCCAGGGUGGUAGCACGGUCGACGAUUUCACGAUCAAGACAUCGGCAUCGAAGCUCGAACGUCUGAUCAACAGAUGGGCUGCCGACACCGUGCGCGCCGCAUCACCAGCCGAACUCGAAGCCAUGUACAACGGGGCAUUGAGCGACAUGGAGCUCGAGCCGGCGGGAGAAUACACAGCGCCCGGGCGCCCUGCAGUCGUGCAAAGUCUCCUGCGACAUGCGCUCGCCGAGAUCUUGUCAGAGGGCAUACUCAAUCAAUUGGUCGUGACCAGUUCGAACGAGGCCAAUAUCGAGCUCUCGCGUAUACACGCCAUCCUCUUUGAGCGCGAUCCGACUGUUGCGGCGGUGUGGCGACGACAGACCCUGCAGGCCGCGGUCGAGGCUGUGGCACCUUCCAUGACGCAGGCUCUGCUGGAGGAGCACUUUUCGGGGUUAACGAGCGCGCUACCGCCACAUCAACUACAAGCCGCGCUCGCUAUUCUGGACCAGGCCAUCGCAUUCUCGCGUAUGCUGCAUGGGGCAGCAGGCGAUGCCUUCUAUCGCGCGUUCGUGCCGGAGCCUCAUGGCGGGCUCUCCCCGCAUCAAGUUGAGCUUGUCAAGCGCUGCAUGCGUACGGAGAAGGGGGAGCACUGCGUUGUGGGUGCUUGCAUCUUUCCAGGGUUCGUGAAGGUUAUCAAGGAGGGCGCGGAGACGAAUAUAUCGAGGCGGGCGCAGGUCAUCUGCAAUUGUGCUCUCAUGCUUUCAGCUGGAGCGGGCGUGACGAAUCCGCCUUCGCUGCCAUCUACACCUUCAAUAGGUUGA